CCCGAGCCCUAUCCUUUUCCCCACUCCCGGGUCUCCAGCAUUCCUAUCCUCUCCCCGCCCGCCCGUGCCGCCGCCGCCGCCGCCGCCGCGGCUUCCCUUCCUCUCCCGAGCCAAGAUGAAUGUUGAAAAGCUCAAGAAGAUGGCAGGUGCUGUGCGCACCGGGGGGAAGGGUAGCGUGCGCAGGAAGAAGAAGGCAGUCCACAAGACUACAACCACAGAUGACAAACGGCUUCAAAGCACCUUGAAAAGAAUAGGAGUGAACAGCAUUCCUGGUAUUGAAGAGGUCAACAUCUUUAAGGAUGAUGUUGUUAUUCAGUUUGUAAAUCCUAAAGUGCAAGCGUCAAUUGGUGCUAAUACAUGGGUGGUCAGUGGAACUCCACAGACAAAGAAGCUGCAAGAUCUGCUUCCGUCGAUUAUCAACCAGCUUGGUCCUGACAACCUGGACAAUCUGCGGAGGCUCGCAGAGCAAUUCCAGAAGCAGGCCUCUGGUGCUUCUGGUGCAGAGGCUGGUGCCAGCGCUGGGGCUGUUCAGGACGAUGAUGAUGACGUUCCUGAGCUUGUCCCUGGAGAGACAUUUGAGGAGGCCGCGGAAGAGAAAAAGGAGUCCUCAUGAUUUUGCUACAUGCCUGCUGUUGUUAAACCAUGCCAUUAGAAGGGACCUGUUGAGAACUCUGACCUACCUUAUUUGUGCCUGUGGGACUGGUUAUGUCAUGAUCGAGAAUUUGGUAGGGCGUGCUGGUGGGAUUUUACAUGAAGUAUGCCUCUUUUUUUUCCAUCCAUAUCUCCCUUGCUUUUGUGUGGUAAAAGUCUUGUUAAUGGUAAAGGCCACACUUUAGACCAAAUCAAGGUACCGUGAUGCAUGAAGAUGAAUACCACAUAUCAAUUCACCUU